AGCAUUGACUGUUGCGCGCCAUCCUUUCGUCUUUCUGUCCAACUCAUAUAGCCUCGCCUACGCCAAUCUAACCUCACCUCACACCCUAACGACUAGUAGCAAAAAUGGCCAGAGACAGACUCGCAGCCUUGAGGGCUCAGCAAGGUGCCACGAACAGCGACUCUUAUCCCAUGCAAGCAACGGGCGGAACAAACCCCUACGGAAGCGACAGUCAAGCUAGCCUUGACUCGAUGGCGAAGGACAGCAACGCUAACCUUACAGGCGACAGCAUGUCUAGCUUCUACAGCGAAAUUUCCUCUAUUCAAGACGAACUUCGCACCUACAAUGAUAACGUGCAGCGGAUAUCGGACCUACACAACCGCUCGCUGAACAACACCGACGAUGCCGCCGCUCAGCGCUAUACGCAACAGCUCGAAGACCUUGUUGCCGACACCAGCGCACUCAGCAAUGUACUGAAGCGUCGCAUAAAGGCGCUGGAGAGGCAGGGAGGUAGCGGGAGAGAUGGUCAAAUUCGGAAACAGCAGACCGCUCUCGUGAAACAAAAGUUCGUGGAGGCAAUCCAGAACUACCAGACGGCAGAGCAGCAGUACCGGACGAAGUACAAACAGCGAAUGGAGCGUCAGUUCAAGAUUGUGAAGCCUGAUGCGACACCUGAGGAGGUCAAGGCUGUUGUUAACGAUGAUGCGGGCGGCCAGAUUUUCAGUCAGGCUUUGCUUAACUCAAAUCGAUAUGGCGAGGCAAAGUCAGCGUACCGUGAAGUCCAGGAACGGCACGAAGACAUCAAGAAGAUCGAGAGGACUCUGACUGAGCUUGCCCAGCUAUUCAACGAUAUGAGCGUCCUCGUCGAGCAACAAGAUGAGACCAUCAAUACUAUCGAUGCAACCGCGGCAGAUGUGGAGAAGGACGUCGAAGUUGGUCUCCAACACGUCGAGAAAGCAGUUGACUCCGCGCGUUCAGCACGCAAGAAACGUUGGAUAUGCUUCUUCCUGAUUGUUAUUAUCCUUGCGAUUGUUGCAAUCGUCGUUGCCGUUUCCAUCGUCAAGGCUACCAAGAAGAACUAAGUCUCUCCUUACCUCUGUUAUGUUCGCUUGCGCUUUUCGGCUACCCAGGGACUCUUUAGCUUGUAGCAUAUUUAAUUCGUCUCUUCUCGUUAUCCAGACUAUCCCUUUGAUAUGUUCGCCUUCUAAUUUUUUUUAUCUCUACGUCAAAUACUGCAGGCGAGUCCACUUAUCUCGGAGAUCUGGCAUAACCUGUAUUCAGUGCCUGCGGUCAAUAUCAUCUGCGUAGUUGAUACCCUUCAUUUGAUGCCUCCUUUCAAACGAGCGAGAGUGGCGGUGAGAUUGAGUGCGGUGAA